GUUUAUACCGUAGCAGCUUACAUAUGUAUAUAUAAACAAAUCUGACGUAUAAAUUGAGCAGAAUUUUUUCUGAGACACAAAUUAUUUGACGAUGAACAAGAAGCUAUCGCCAGAGGAUGCAUUUUACGAAAACCUGACCUUGGGCCUUAUAAGAACCCUAUCCAAUGUGCCGCGAGUGUGUAAUGUGACUCUGGAGCGACGACAGCCACUGAACGCCUGCCAGGUGGUGAAUUGGGAGCAGAGGCACUGCGUCUACCUCCCGGAAGACAUGAAGAAGUUCUACCUAUCCUCUGAUGGAUUCAUUCUGAACUGGAGCUACCAAUAUGCACCCAACGAUAUCCGCCGGGUGGGUCACAUCCACUUUCCACACCUGCUGCAGGUAACCCUUCUGCGUGAGAAUAUCGAAACUACGGCCAGCCACUCCAGCAAUUCAACGGUUUUGCCCACUAGCAACUCGGAUUCUCUGGCGGCGGCUAGUAGCUCGCAAUCCCUUCCAGCUUCAGUUGCCGCCGGCAAGGACAAGUGGGGCAACGCAACACCUAUUAUAACUGCCAAGUCAAAGAUAUUCGAAAUCAACAAUGUGAACGAGGUAGCUAAGGUGUGCAUGCUGUACGAAUCCACAAGCUCCAACAAUCCAAAGUUUUAUCUGCUGGAGCUGAGCACUCUCAGCUGGCAGUUUUUGGCGGACACUUUCAGCGAAUACCUGCGGAUGGCCAUCGCUCAUCUGGGACUGCCCUACUGGGAGCUGUGCUUCUCCACCUGCGGCCUGCCAUCUUGGACGGAGCAGCUGUUCCUGCUUCUGGCGCCUCAUCUCCUCGAAGAACACGAGCAAAGACGAGGGCGUGUGUUGAAUCCCGCCUGCGAGCAUCCAUACAACAUCAUCGACCCAAACAUUUUCCGGGGCAAACCGAAAAGCGUGGCCAAAGCGGUGACCAGCAGCACUAAACAAAAUCAUAAGUGACUUUCAGUAGAAAAGUAAA